CCUUACCAUUACAUUACAUGAUACACUUAUUAUUACCAACUUCUUCUCCACCAUCAACAACAACAUUAACUAUGACUUGUUCAUCUUCUUCAAUUAUUACUAGAACCGUUAUCAUCAUCUUCUACCUAUUUUCAAACUUCAAUUCAUAGAAAAACAUCAUCAUGGUUACUACUACUACUACUCCUACGAAACACCCUUCUUCUAAUGCUAUGUCUCUUCCAUUUCCAUCUCCUAAACCUCCACCAGAGUACCCUGAUUUGUAUGGAAAGCGCCGCGAAAUGGCUCGAGUUCAAAUGCUUGAAAGAGAGAUUAGUUUUCUUGAGGAAGAAUUAAAAUCUUCAGAAGGUUUUCAACCAUCUUCAAAAUGCUGCAAAGAGAUUGCUGAUUUUGUGACAGCAAAUUCAGAUCCUCUGUUACCAAUGAGGAAGAAGAACCGCAAGUCAUGUUGCUUAGGGAAGUGGCUUCGGUACGAAUUUUAUUUUGUUACUUGAUUUUAUUACAACACAAGUUAUAAUUAUUUUUUGAUUCUGGUGAUUUAGAGACUCGAUCCUCUAUACCUGA